CACGUGGCCGCGACUGUGAAUGCAGCGGGUGGGUCCCGGGACUGUAUAAAAGAGCUGGCAUCACCUCUCCCACUACACGUAGAAAACCAGUCUGCUCAGGUGUACUUGUAUGUCCAUCAAAAUGCGGGCUCUAACAGUGAUCUUUGCUCUGGCAGUAAUAACUGGCUGCCAUGCUCGUGCCUUGUUCCAGGCUGAUGCCGCCCAGCCCAGAUGGGAGGAGAUGGUGGAACGGUUCUGGCAGUAUGUGGCAGAACUCAACACACAUGCUGAUGGUGUGGUGCUGAACAUCAAGAGCUCCCAACUUAGCAGAGAGCUUGACACCCUGAUAAGUGACACCAUGUCUGAGCUGAACACCUACAGUGACAAUCUUCAAACCCAGCUGGCUCCAUACGCCUCUGAUGCUACAGGUCAUCUGAGCCAGGAUCUCCAGCUCUUGUCUAGCAAACUGGAGACUGACAUGAAGGAUGCCAAAGAACGCUCCACUCAAUACCUGCAAGAGCUGAAAACCAUGAUGGAGCAGAACGCUGAUGAUGUGAAGAACCGUGUGAACACAUACACCCGCAAACUAAAGAAGCGAUUGAACAAGGACACAGAGGAGAUCCGAAACACUGUGGCUACCUACAUGGGAGAGCUGCAGUCUCGUGCCUCCCAGAAUGCUGAUGCUGUGAAGGAUCAUUUUGAACCCUACCUGAGCCAGGCCCAGCAGGGUGUCAACCAGAAAUUGGGUGAUUUUGGUGAUUUGGUUAAGGCCCAGGAGGUGAGUGAGCAGCUGGAAACUCAGGCUGGAGCCCUGAAAGAUAAGCUGGAGCAGACCGCUGAGUCCCUGCGUACCUCCCUGGAGGGACACGUGGAGGAGCUGACAAGCUUCCUCACACCCUAUUCUGAGAAGAUCCGUGAGCAACUGCAGAUCGUCAUGGACAAGAUCAAGGAGGCCUCUGCAGCUCUUCCCACUCAGGCUUAAGAGCUCUGUAUACUUCUACAGUUAGAACAAUCUACUGUUAUCACCAAACUUAAAAAAGAAGCAAAGAUAGAAUGGGAGGUCACAUGUCACCAAAACAUGCUUUUUUCAUUUAAUGGGAGGUUGAUAAGUGUUAAGAACAGGACCUGACUGAAAUAGUGCUGUCCAUUACUGUACAAAAGAAUAACAGUGUACUACUAACCAUGUUUACUUUCUCAGUAUUAACCUACUGUCUGAGGAUAUACUUUCAGUAAAUGUCCUCUGUAAGGAUACAGUAGAGCAAUUUUACAAUGACUCAACUGUCUUGGAAGUUAUCCGAGAUAUAAUACACCUUUCAAAUUAGUAAAAUAAAAAAACAGUAAUAGUGCUUUGAACUGUUGAACUAUCAGAAUAUAUACAGAGAUUAUCUUUGCUAGCCACAACUCCACAUAUUAAUGCCUUUUUACUUUUCAUGUGUGUGUGCACUGUUUGAAUAUGUUUGCAAUAAAUCUGUGUCCAGCCACACAA